CGGUCUCACGUUCUUAACGCCUGUCCCUGAAAACUCCAUUACCCAUCAUGCACCGCCGUGCAGUGACGUCACACCUUAGUUUUCAUCAGGAAGCGGAACCAUAAAAGUUGUUUCUCCCUCGCCUUUGUUGUGGUAAACCCUCCGUUUUCUCGUCUGAGCUCGGCUUACAAGGAAACUCCACAAUGAACCUCGAACGGAUGCCCAAUGAAGAGAAGCUUAGCCUCUGCAGGAGAUACUAUUUAGGCGGCUUUGCGUUCCUCCCCUUUCUCUGGCUGGUAAAUGUGCUGUGGUUUUUCAAAGAGGCCUUUUUAAAACCUGCAUACACAGAACAGCCACAGAUUAAAUCAUACAUAAAGAAGUCAGCUAUGGGGCUCAUACUGUGGGUGGCCGUGCUGACGACAUGGAUCACCAUAUUCCAGCAUUUCAGAGCACGGUGGGGUGAGGUGGGAGAUUACCUCUCCUUCACCAUUCCCCUCGGCACAGCCUGAUCAGAUCUGCUGCUUCACAAUACCUCUGUUUUAUUUCUCUCUCUCUCUCUGUUUUUCUCCUCCCAUCGACAAGAUGCUCCUUGGCUAAUUUUACCACUAUCGUCGCAUAGAAGAUAAACUGGAUCUGUCUGGGAGUUGUGGUAUUUUGUGAACUGAUGAAAUCGUUUGUUGAUUGAGUGAGAUAAUAUGGACACGGAUGCACCAUGCUGAAGCGCAAGAGUUCAUUUCCAGCACUACUACUACUUCCUAUUAUAUUUGAGAUCACACAUUCAUAUUAGUAACUCUGACCUCUGUCAAUGCAUUGAAAAGAAUGUAUGACAGAAAUAAUCUCCGGACCAGUCAGGUCCAUCCAAAAUAAAGUCUUUGAACUGUAUUUUGGCAGUUGAUAUGACAUGUAAUAUUAUUGUUCUCAAAGAAAAAGGCCAUUCAUUUUUUUUCUGCUAUAUUUGAAUCAUUUUGAUGGACAGUAAAAACCACAUAUUUUGUCCAUAAAUAUAGAAUUGUGUUUUGCACAAUUUCAAAUAAAAUCUGAAAAUACUCUGCA